UUCACUGGCGAGGAGGUUGCUGAGCACUGCACCAGAGACAAACGCGUGUGGGUCACAUACAAAGAUGGGGUCUACGACGUGACAGACUUUCUGGACAUGCAUCCUGGAGGCGCCCAGCGACUGAUGCUCGCUGCAGGCGGCGCUCUUGACCCCUUCUGGGCAAUGUAUGCGCAGCACAAUACUGAUGAAGUGAGGCAGCUCUUGGAGGACUACAGGAUUGGCAAGUUGGUUGGUGCCGCAGCCACACAGCAGGUGGCGGACCCAUAUGCCAACGAGCCGAAGAGGCACCCAGCGCUGGUGGUCCGCUCACAGCAGCCGUUCAAUGCCGAAACGCCCGUCGAUGUCCUUGGAACAUCCCGGUUGACUCCGAAUGAGCUCUUUUAUGUGCGCAAUCACUUGCCGGUGCCUCACGUCGAUCCCGCAAGCUGGUCGGUGAGGGUAGAGGGUGAGGGCUUGAAGCGCGUGGAACUGUCCCUGAAGGAUUUGACCACAAAAUUUAAGAAGCACACCGUUACAGCUACCCUCCAAUGCACCGGGAAUCGAAGGGACCAAUUCAAUGAUGUGAAGAAAGUGAAGGGCUUGGAGUGGGGCAUUGGUGCAAUAGGAACUGCGGAAUUUAGUGGUGCGCGGUUGAGUGAUGUGCUGGCAUAUGCUGGGCUUGAUGAUGACACCAUUGACGAAAUUGAGCACAUUCAAUUUGAGGGCCUGGACAGUGACAUCAGUGGUACAUGCUACGGAGCUUCCAUCCCAGUCUCCAAAGCUGUCUCCCGGCAUGAGGAUGUCAUCCUGGCAUAUGAGAUGAAUGGCAAAGAGUUGCCCCAUGACCAUGGAUUCCCAGUCAGGAUCGUUGCACCGGGCAUCACUGGUGCACGCUGUGUGAAAUGGCUGUCAAGGAUCAUUGCAAGCAAAGAGGAAUCCCAGAGCCACUGGCAACAGAAGGAUUACAAGUCCUUCAGUCCCAGUGUAGACUGGGACAAUGUGGAUUGGAGUUCGGCUCCGGCAGUGCAGGAAACCAAUGUUCAGUCAGCAAUCUGUGAACCAAGGCCAGGCGGUGUUUUGGAAGGGCCACCUGAUGAGAUUGAGGUGCGUGGCUAUGCCUACAGCGGAGGAGGACACGCCAUCAUUCGUGUUGAUGUUUCUGCUGACGACGGUGAAACCUGGACAACAGCCGAGCUCGAGCCAGUGUAUGACCGACGAUACAGGUUGGCAUCUCUGUCGUCGACAUUCCAUUGGAAUUGGGCAUGGACGCUGUGGCGCACAUCUGUGCCGCUUCCAGAGUCCAAAGAUGGCCACAUCAAGCUCAUUUGCAGGGCUGUUGAUUCUGAUUACAACACGCAGCCGGAGUCCCCAGCAGCGAUCUGGAAUCUGCGCGGCGUGCUCAACAACGCCUGGCAUGAGGUUGUUCUAUCAGUUGAAUGA